AUGUAGUUCAUACAUGAUUAUGCUAUAAUUGGAGAAGAAGAGAGUCAAUAAAAUUUGACCUAUGUAUCAUCAUUAAACAAGCAUUUCUAAAACUUUUCAAAUCUCUUUUAAGCUUAAAAAGACAGAUAAAAAUCCAAAAUAUUAAUUCCAUUAGAUUUGAAUGCGAUCGACUAAUAAUAAAAUGGAUUUAAGUCCUCUAAUCGUUAAAGUCCAAGAAAUUAUUUUACAUAUAAACAAGUUCCUAGUGUUGAUAAGAUAAUGCAGAAAAUGACAAUUAAGCAUCUUUCACAUCAUCAUGUACCAAUUAAAAAAGAAGAAUUCUACGAAAGAUAAAUAAGAUGGUUAAAUUAGAUAAAAUAAACAAAUAAAGCCAAGAAUCAAAAUAAACUUAAUUAAUAAAGUUAGAAUUGUCCAUUCAAACCUUAUAGUAGUCCUUAACAGAACAUUAACAAAAAAAAAUUAAAAGAAAAUUCAAAAAGCAUUCUGAGCCCAUAACACUUUAAGAAACCUAACAAAAGAAAUGAUUCCUAUACUAAAAUUCAUUUAGCAAAGAAACAGAGUUUUGGUUGA